AAGAGCACCCUUGACGGUCUCUCUUGCCUGAUCAGCAUCAAGUGACUCAGACAGGCCAGCCACUGAGGAUGCUGCUCAUCUGGACUUUGAUGCUGGCCCUGGGGCUGCUGGUGGGGCGUGGGGAGGCCCAGAGCUGCACCCAAGCAUAUGGAGGUCCUAACUUGGCUGGAGGUCGGCCAACCUCGCAGUCCUCCACCUACACGCACACCGAUGGGAUCUCGGGAAUGUCCAGCUAUGCUGUGGACGGGAACUGUGAUGGGCGAUGGAUCGCCCGGUCCGUCGCCCACACCAACCAGCAGCUCAACAACUGGUGGUCGGUGGAUUUGGGCAAAGAAUAUGACAUCUCCCUCGUGGUAGUAAAAAACCGGCAGGACUGCUGUGGAGAGAGGAUCCAGGGGGCCACGGUCCAUGUGGGAGACCACAUGGGUGACUUUGGCGCAACCAGCUUCAUAUGUGGGACCAUCACAGACCUCCAGAAAGGAUCCCUCUCGACCUUGUUCUGCAAUGCAGCCCGGGGCCGCUACGUCACCAUCGCCAUCGUUGGCCGUGAAUCAAUCCUAUCUCUAGCGGAAGUAGAAGUCCACGGCACUGGCUGAGCACCCCCGGCCCGAGUGAAGAGAGCAUAGAGCUCAGGUGCAUGGAGUGGGGUGAUGUCUUUCCAGUCAAUAACCUCGAUGCCGCUUCUCAGCAUGCAUCUUUGCAACUAACAUCUGGCUGUGAAUUUGCCUGUGACCAAGAGCACCACAGCAGCCUUUGGCCACUGCUUCGCUCUCAGCUACAGAAGCCGCUACUACGAGAGAUUUUGGUCUGUCUUUGAUGUGCCACACAUUUACAAUGCUGGCUUGCUCCUGACUUUUGAUAAUGCCGAUGUCUUUAAACUCUCUGGCUUUCUCCGCACUAACCUUGCUCGGCGCCAGGCUUCCAUUUCACUCUGGAGCAAGCUAGCGAUUUUGCACCAGCUGCUCUGUGCCGCUAUUUUGCCCCAGGGCAACCCGUGAUUUGCCGUGCAACAACAUAAACCUGAAAAAAAACCCCAGGUUUACAUUGCUGCGCACCAAAUCGCGGGUUGCCACGGAGCAAAAUGGCAGCGCAGAACAGCUGGUGCAAAAUCGCUAGCUUGCUCCAGAGCGAAACGGAAGCCUGGCGCGGAGCAAGGCUGGUGCGAAAAAGCCUCUGUAUUUCUGUGCAACCAGAAAGACUGCUGAUUUUAGCAUGAUGUUUAAUUCUAAAAGGAGCCCCAUGGCACAGAGUGCUAAAGCUGUAGUACUGCAGUUCUAAGCUCUGCUCACGACCUGAGUUCGAUCCCAGCGGAAGCUGGUUUCAGGUAGCCGGCUCACGUUGACUCAGCCUUCCAUCCUUCCGAGGUCGCUCAAAUGAGUCCCCAGCUUGCUGGGGGGAAAGUGGAGAUGACUGGGGAAGGCAAUGGCAAACCACCCUGUAAAAAGUCUGCCGUGAAAACGUUGUGUAAGCAACGUCACCCCAGAGCCGGAAAUGACUGGUGCUUGCACAGGGGACCUUUCCUUUUCCUUAAUUCUAUACUUUUUGUUGGGAUUUGUGUGUGUGUGUGUGCACCUGGAAGUCAUUGUGACCUCUGGAGACUGACCCCUACUGGGGGCCUGGAGGAUAGUCAGAGAGGUGGCGGAAUAAAGCCUGCCUCUGCCUCCGGCUCUGGUAUUCCCAGGAGGUCCUUUAUCCAAGCUCUUGCCAGAGUCCACCCUGCUGAGCUUCCGAGGCCUGAUGAGAGCAGGCUUGCUUGGCUUCAGCAGAGGGCUAAUUCUAUAUUCUUUUCACCCAUAAUAAAUGUUUUGUUUGAUGCA